AUGCAUGACUUGAGUUUAUGUAAAGUUGGAGAAGGUCCUUUUCUAAAUGAAGGCUGCUCAGAUGUUUUUAACAUUAAGCCAUGGCAAGUUCCAGUCUCUGUAUGCAGUGAAAGUUGUCCACCAGGUUCUCAAAAAGCUUCAGUUCAAGGAGAACCAAGCUGUUGCUACAAAUGUGUCCCCUGCUCACAAGGAGAGAUUUCUAAUGAAACUGAUGCAAAUAAUUGUUCUAAAUGUCCUUGGAAUAAGUGGCCAAGUGAAGAAAAGGACAGAUGUCUACUAAAAACAAUUGAAUAUCUCUCGUAUGAAGAAACAUUGGGCAUUACCUUGGCAUCCACCAGUUUUACUUCAUCCUUUGUACCUAUAGCUAUCCUAGGGCUACUCAUUUGCUACAAGACCACCCCCAUUGUCCGUGCCAACAAUUACACCAUUAGUUGUCUUCUUCUCAUCUGCUUGUCCCUUUGUUUUUUGUGUUCCCUGGCAUUCAUCGGCUAUCCUGGAAAUGAGAAGUGCCUCCUACGUCAAGUGGCCUUUGCCAUGGUUUUUGCAUUAUGCGUGUCAUGUAUUUUGGCCAAAACUGUAUUGGUAAUGAUUGCUUUUAGAGCUUCUAAGCCCAACAGUGAUUUACGAAGAUGGGCAAAUCCUCAAGUGUCCUAUGUGGUCAUUUGUAUGGGCACUGUCAUUCAGUUCCUCAUCUGUACAAUAUGGCUUAUUAUUUCUCCUCCCUUCCCUGAAUUUAACAUCAAAGCUAAGACUGGAGUUCUAGUUUAUGAAUGUAAUGAAGGUUCCCCCACGGCAUUUUGGUUUACUUUAGGAUAUCUGAGUUUCUUGGCCCUUAUUAGUUGUCUUGUUGCUUUCUUGGCAAGAGAACUUCCUGAUAACUUCAAUGAGGCCAAGUAUAUCACUUUCAGCAUGUUGGCGUUCAUCACUGUAUGGGUGUCCUUCAUUCCAGCUUCACUAAGUACUAGUGGUAAAUACACUGUGGCCAUGGAGGUCUUUGCUAUAAUGUCCUCCAGUUUGGCCAUACUCUGUUGCUUGUUUUUUCCAAAAUGCUAUAUUAUUUUGUUUUAUCCUGACAUAAACUCCAGGAAAAGCCUUCUUGGAAAACAAAUCAUCAUGUAA